GUUCACGCAUGUGUCGACGGAUGGAUUUGCGUGUGUAUUACUAGGCGUUUGCAUGAUCAUAGUCACGUCGUUACCGUCGCUCUGAUCAGUGGUGUAGGGGCCUCGUCGACAUAGUCUUCCAUUUCUUUCGCAUUUAUUUUCCGUUUCGUCUUUUUACUUAAGUAUUUACACAUUGAACUGUCAUCGGUCAUUGCGUAAUCAUGCGGCUCUUAUGUACGUGAGUGAUUUGAAAGUUCGUCACAGUAUCUUUAAGGAUUUUCUUUGAUAAAGCAAUGGAAAAUCAAAGCGCAACCGACGUUCAUGUUCCGAUUCGAGAGAAUCUUGUAAAUACAGCUGUUAAGUUCCUGCAAAAUCCAAAAGUCUCUUCUAGUCCUGUUCAUCAGAAACAAAAGUUUCUGAAAAGUAAGGGAUUGACGAGCAGAGAAAUCCAAAGAGCAUGCGAGCUUGCAUCGGUCGGGACUAACAAUGGUCCACUGGGUUACAAUCAAAGCGAUUGUACUGUUAUACCAAUGCUGGAAGGACCCGUACAUUCGAACUAUUCGCAAAUUCUCCAGCCAACUUUAUUUUACAAAAUUAAAGAAUUUUUUAACGGAGUGGCUAUAAUUACAGCUAGCUGUUACUGCGUUUAUUGGUUCUAUAAGAAAGUUAUACAUCCGUUAUUGUUCGGAUCUAAGAAAAAAGAUCCACCAAAGGAUCCAGUGAUUGAAUUGGAUAAGAAUAUACAGCAUGUAAAAGAGUCUAUAAAUCAAGUUAAAAGCGACGUUCAGCAAUUAACGCAAAAUCAAAUAAUGGAUCCAUCUGUACCUCAGCUUGUUCACGAAUUGAAACAAGACUUGGCUAGUUUAAAGUCUCUCUUGCUAUCGAGGAAACAAUUUCCCAAUGCACCAGCUUCUAUUCCAUCUUGGCAACUGGAAGCAUCAAGCCAAGGUCAAGAAAAAACUACCGAACGAGAAGAUGACGCCGGAAGCGGUAGUAGUACUAAUAAUUCUGACAGUUCUCUAGAGAUGAUUCGAGAAGACCCUCCCAAAGAAUGAAUAUUUAAAGUUCUAUAAGUUUGGACUAUUCUUCACAUUUAACAAUUAUAUUACUCGAUAAUUACUAUUAUUCGAGUGAUGUUCCAAGUUUGUACGAUGUAAGAUAAUGCAAGAGCGAGUUGUUUUCUAGUUUUGAUGAGAUAAGCUUUAUGCGUAUAAGUUGGGUGUGUCAAACACGUGUGUCUGAUAAAAAUGGUUACAAUUAAAUGUUGGGCAAUUUUUUUUUAUUUCUUUAUAUUCUGCGUAUCUGUACGAUACAUAGAAAACGUAUUCCAAUGCUUCAUGUUUUCUAAGCAAAGGUGAAUUGAAAUGGGAAAAAAAAAAAAAAAAAAAAAAAUAAAUAAAAAAAUAAAACUUGUUUUUUUUUUAUUCUAACUGAACAAUACAAUUUGAAGUGGGUACAUAUUGCAUUUUUAUACAAGUUAAUUGAGUGUCAUUGUAUCUCAUAGUCGUGAUAAAGUUAAUUAUUUUUGUACAUUGUAUCAAAAUAUUUCAUCUAUCUUUGGAAAGUUCACACCAUUUGUCUUAUUUUUCAUGCUUUCCUCUCAUGUAAAUAAACAAUUAAGAAUUAAAAUUUUUUAUUGACGAAAAUAGGUAGUGAUAAUUAAAAUC